AAAUGAUUCCGCAAUUAGAGUAAUUAUGUGAGGGGUACAAUGAAUUAGACAAAAUUGAAACACUUAAAAAACACUACAAUUAUUAUAAGCGAUUAGAAAUAGCACCGAUUCAAAAAUAACAAAAUGAAAAAGAAAACUUUAUUCGAUAAAUUGCAGCUGAAUAUCUUAAUACUUAAUUUAAAUCAGAAGAUAGCUCAAAACUCAAUAUAAUCAUUCAAUCUUUAGAUGAAGAAAAGUAAAUCAUGAUUAAAAGACAAUAAUUACUUCCGAAAAAUAUAGAAUAUGAUUUAGUUAAUUAGAUUAUUAAUCUAUUGGAUAAGUUAAAAUAAUUGUACAAUGAAAAAUUAGAAUUACAAUAGUAGAAUCAAAAUUAACUCAAUAUUAUUAGUAAUCUUUUGAAUUAGGUUUAUAAUCUAAAUAAAGAAUUCACAAUAAAAAUGCAAGAAUUAUCUAAGUACAAUAACUAAAUACCCAAUGAAAGAGAAAUUCAUUUACAAUCAGAGAAUGAGAAACUAAAAGUAGAAUUAGAACAAUAUAAAUCAAUUAAUAGUAAUUUACAAUUUGUCUAAUAACUACUCAUGUAAGCAGAAACUACUAAGUAAAUGUUAUAAGAAUCUUUAAAAUAGUAUAAGUAGUAUUGA